GCUGCGAAAUUAUACUAUAUAAAACUAAAAUGGAUGAAAAUGGCAUGUGAGGUGUUGUUAAAUUUCAGUGAAAUGUUUAGUUUCUUCAGCCGCCUAGGAUGGGAGGCUGCAUAGGCAUAACAAGGGCAAGAAAUGCCUCAGUCGAUGAUACAUCGGGAAAUUCAACGAGAACUAAUUCAGGAAAUUCAAGAAAAAAUCACCCACUUUGCCAUGAGGUAAUCAGAUGGAAGUCAGACGUACCUUUAACUGAAGGUCAACUAAGAAGUAAAAGAGAUGAGUUUUGGGAUACAGCUCCUGCAUUUGAUGGAAGAAAAGAAAUAUGGGAUGCAUUGAGAGCUGGCGCGACAGCAGCUGAAGCACAAGAUUAUCAAUUGGCACAGGCCAUAUUAGAUGGAGCUAAUAUUUCUGUGCCAAAUGGUUUCUUAACAGAAUGUUAUGAUGAAUUAGGUACACGAUAUCAAGUCCCUAUUUAUUGUUUAUCAUAUCCCAUCAAUAUUGUAAAAGAAGAUAGUGGCAGAGAUUCACCAGCAGAUUGUUCAGAACCAGUUGAUGGAGGAACCGAGCAAACUUUAAAAUUACGACUAUCUACAACUUUAGGGGAUGUAAAAUUACCUGUAUACAGCAAGGAUACUAUUGGUAUAGCCAAAAAGAAAUUACAAAGUCAAGAAGGCCUAGAACCAUCACGACAACGGUGGUUUUUUGGUGGAAAAUUAUUAGGUGAUAAGAUGCAUAUAGAAGAAGCAAAAGUGCAGCCAGGUUAUGUAAUUCAAGUAAUUGUAAAUCCAGAAAAAACAGAUGAUAGUCCAGCUAAAACCAGUUGAAUUUACAUAUGCGUAUGAAGUGAUCAAACACACCACUAAACCAAUAAUCAAUAUUAAGCACAUUCUUGCACAUAUUAAAACAAAUAUUUUGCACUUUUUAUUGCAUUCAUUAAAUAUAACGUGUUAACUGAGAUUGGUUUUACAUAAUAACAUCAAUUUGAGUUGUGAGUAUUUAUCAAGUAUGCUAAUACUUGAAUAAAUUAUUUGAUUUUUACAUUAUAUAAAGUAUAGUCAUUAUACUUUAUUGUAUUUACAAUUUGAUAUAUAUAUUAUAAUGUCUAGCAAAGUAAAGAGAAUUGUAUGUGUAUGAGAAUGUGCUUAUUUUACUCAAUGUUAUCUAUUUACAUGUACAGUAAAAAUCGACUGAGGUAUAUCUUCAACAUCAAUAUACGAAUACAAAAUUAAUACUAUGCAAAGUUUUACAAUUAAACUAAUUACAAUUAAAAUUUCUAUCUAAUUGACAUUGAAAUGAUUAUCAUCAUAUAUAUUGUUACCAAUGAUAGUACUGGUGCUGUAAAAAUAUAAAAAUAUUUAUGUAAGAAACUAUAAAUAUCUUGUUGAAGCCUAUUACGUAAUUAACAAUCAGACAAAUAAAAUCUAUCAUUCAUAUUGGAAAUUACAGCGAUAUUGUUAAUAGUUUAUCAGAACAAAGUAAGAAUAACUUGAUGGACAAUAACAGAGAAUGAUUGCAAGGCCAUACAUAAAUACAAAUAAUUUUCUUCUGACGUCCUCAUAUAGUAACUAACUUUUUGUUUUUAUUUAAAUUACUCUUCUUCUUUUUUUUUUUUUUUUUUUUUUUUU